UGGACGCCAUCAAAGCUGAUCCUUGCCUUUCCCACCAGCCCAACGGACACACUCACUCACACACACCCCCAAAACGCUGACGGAACCAAAUUCUCUCUCUCUAACGCACAUUCCCAUUUACUCUCUCUCUCUCUCUCUCUCCAAUUUCAUUUUCAUCCCCUCCAUUUCCUCCUCUUCUUCUUCUUACUCUCUCGAAUUCGCCUUCAAUAAGCUCUGCCUUACUUGUUCAUACGCCUUCAGAUUACUCAAAGCUCACCGCCUUCACUUUCCUGAGAAAAGUUUUUUCUUUUCCCUGGGAAAAGUGCCUCUUUUGAAUACUUGAGAUUGUUUGGAUAUUUAUCUAUAUUGGUAUCAGUACUCCUUCAAGACGCACUGUGCGAUUGCUCCAAAAGGCUGAAUUGCUCUCGAACUGAUACUUGAAGGGGGUAGGCUCUAAAGUAAGCGUAUGCCUGGGAAUAAGUAUAACGGUAAUUCAAACGAUAGUUCAGACCGUAUACCUGGUCGACUGGAAAGGCUCUUGCGAGAGAGAAAACUAAGAAAAAGCUCUAAGGAUUCAUACUCAAACGAAGUAAAUGACUACAGUAAGGAGUCUGAACUAAUUGAAAAUGACCAUCGUUUGAAAGAAGAAGAAACCGUUGGAAUUCCCUGUAAAUUUUCCGAAGCUUCUGUAGCCUCAAGGACCUUUGGCGAAGGAUGUGACAAGCAAGAUGGCAAGCCACCCAGACAACGGUUGCUGGUUGUGGCCAAUAGGUUACCCGUCUCUGCAGUUAGGAGGGGUGAAGAUUCCUGGUCUCUAGAGAUCAGUGCUGGAGGCCUAGUGAGUGCACUUCUGGGCGUGAAGGAAUUUGAGGCGAGAUGGAUUGGUUGGGCUGGUGUAAACGUACCCGAUGAGGUGGGACAAAAGGCACUGACUGAAGCUUUGGCUGAAAAGAGGUGUAUCCCUGUUUUCCUUGAUGAAGAGAUUGUUCAUCAAUACUACAAUGGCUAUUGUAACAACAUUUUAUGGCCUCUGUUUCAUUACCUUGGCCUUCCUCAAGAAGAUCGUCUUGCCACCACCCGUAGCUUUCAGUCUCAGUUUGCCGCAUACAAGAAGGCAAACCAAAUGUUUGCGGAUGUAGUUAACAAGCACUAUGAGGAGGGUGAUGUCGUUUGGUGCCAUGAUUAUCAUCUUAUGUUCCUUCCAAAAUGUCUCAAGGAACAUAAUCGUAAGAUGAAAGUCGGCUGGUUUCUCCAUACACCUUUUCCCUCCUCUGAAAUCCACAGAACCCUUCCAUCCCGAUCAGAGCUUCUGCGUUCAGUACUUGCUGCUGAUCUGGUUGGUUUUCACACAUAUGAUUAUGCGCGUCAUUUCGUAAGUGCUUGUACUCGUAUUCUUGGACUUGAGGGUACACCAGAAGGAGUUGAGGACCAAGGAAAGCUAACGCGGGUGGCUGCAUUUCCUAUUGGUAUCGACUCGGAACGAUUCAUACGUGCCCUUAAGAUUCCUGAAGUCCAAGUACAUAUUGAAGAGUUAAAGGAAAGAUUCAAAGGUCGAAAGGUAAUGUUAGGGGUUGAUCGUCUUGAUAUGAUUAAAGGAAUACCUCAAAAGAUAUUAGCAUUUGAAAAAUUCUUGGAGGAAAACCCUUAUUGGCGUGAUAAAGUUGUUUUGCUACAAAUUGCAGUGCCAACAAGAACAGAUGUGCCAGAAUACCAAAAGCUUACAAGCCAAGUUCAUGAAAUAGUUGGGCGUAUUAAUGGGAGAUUUGGAACACUGACUACUGUGCCUAUACAUCACCUGGAUCGCUCCCUCGAUUUUCAUGCACUGUGUGCACUAUAUGCUGUAACAGAUGUUGCACUUGUCACAUCUUUGAGGGAUGGAAUGAAUCUCGUCAGUUAUGAAUUUGUUGCUUGCCAGGAUGCAAAGAAAGGAGUUCUAAUUCUUAGCGAGUUUGCUGGUGCUGCACAAUCCCUGGGUGCUGGAGCACUUUUGGUCAACCCCUGGAACAUAACAGAAGUUGCAAAAUCAAUUGAUCGAGCAUUAAAUAUGGAAGCUGAAGAAAGAGAAAAGCGCCAUAGGCAUAAUUUUCUCCAUGUGACUACACACACUGCUCAGGAAUGGGCAGAAACUUUUGUGAGUGAACUUAACGAUACAGUCGUUGAAGCUGAACUGAGGAUUCGACAAUGUCCGCCCCCGCUUCCGUUUGAUAAUGCAAUUAAACAUUAUGAGCAAUCUACUAAUAGAUUACUUAUACUGGGGUUCAAUUCAACAUUAACUGAACCGGUAGACACACCUGAGAGACGAGGUGAUCAGAUUAGAGAAAUGGAUCUGAAACUACACCCAGAUUUGAAAGAACCAUUGACAGCAAUUUGCAAUGACCCAAACACGACAGUAGUCAUUCUCAGUGGGAGUGACAGAACUGUCUUGGAUGAUAACUUUGGGGAGUAUGACAUGUGGUUGGCUGCUGAAAAUGGAAUGUUUCUACGCUUCACAAGGGGGGACUGGAUGACUACAAUGCCUGAGCAUUUGAAUAUGGAAUGGGUCGACAGUGUGAAGCAUGUGUUUGAGUACUUCACAGAGAGAACUCCCCGUUCCCAUUAUGAGCUCCGGGAAACUUCACUUGUUUGGAACUAUAAAUAUGCAGAUGUUGAGUUUGGAAGGCUUCAAGCACGGGAUAUGCUACAGCAUUUAUGGACGGGUCCAAUUUCUAAUGCAUCAGUUGAUGUUGUUCAAGGUAGCCGAUCUGUUGAGGUGCGAGCUGUUGGCGUUACCAAGGGAUCAGCAAUUGACCGAAUAUUGGGAGAAAUAGUUCACAGCAAGUCCAUGACGACUCCAAUAGACUAUGUCUUGUGUGUAGGCCAUUUUCUUGGGAAGGAUGAAGAUGUCUACACUUUCUUCGAGCCAGAACUUCCAUCGGAUACUAUAGGCAUGCCAAGAGCCAAGGGAACCGAUGGACUUAAAUUAACGGGUGAGAGAAAACCUUCCAUCAAAGUUCCUCUAAACAGGAAUGGGUCAAAAUCGCCACACAAUAAGGGUCGGUCGAGCUCGGAGAAGAAAACUUCAAAUCAUAACUGUGCAAACGGUCGUAAACCAUCACCGGAGAAGAUUCAAUGGAAUGUGCUUGAUCUCAAGGCUGAGAACUACUUCUCUUGUGCUGUUGGAAGAGCUCGAACAAAUGCUCGGUAUCUGCUCGGAUCAUCAGAUGAAGUGGUGGCAUUCCUAAAGGAGUUGGCAGAUGCAAAUGCAUUUUCUUGAGACAAAGUAUGCUUGGCUUCCUUGCUUUAUUUCUUCAUCAUGUUUAUGUAGAAAUACUGCUGUGAUCAUGCUAUAAAAAGAAAAAAGAAAAAUUGUUUGGUAUGAUGACUUUUAUUUCAUAUUGGUAUCAUUGUUAUGUUCUCUAA